AUGGAAGUGACAUCAAGGCAACUCCAGCAACAGCACCAGCACGUGGAAGUGAUGUCUGGUUACAGUUCUCAAGAAGACAACAAAGAGAUAAAUGGGCAUGAAAAGGUGGGUAAUAAGGAAGCAGGAAGAAAAAAAACGGAGAUUAGUAAAAAGCAGAGAGGCAACACAGAGGGAAGAGGGAGUCAACAUGGUCGAGGAAGUGAAGUGAAAACCAAAAGUGAAGAAAGUACGCGUGGCGGUGAUGAAGAAGAAGGCAGUGAGCAGGAGAGACGUGAUGAAUUUGAAACUGUGGAUAAUGAUUGGGUUGCACGUGAAAAAGAAAGUCAUAAAAUAUAUAGGGAAGAUGGGACAAGCAAGAGGAGGAGGAAGAAGAAGACGAAACAUGGCAAGGAAGUAAAUGAAUGGAUUGGAGAUGGUGAUGAGAGUGAAGAAGAUGCCUAUGCAGAUCAUGAUGACACAAAACUGAUAAUUAAUUUGAAAUCUCAUAGUUCCGAGGAAGACAGCAAAGAGAGACAUUGGCAAAACAAGGUGGGAAGCAAUGAAUCAAGAAGAAAAGUAUCUAAUGAAAGUAAAAAGCAGAGAGUGAAGACAGAAGGAAGGGGGGGUGAACAUCAUAUUGGAAAUGCAGGUUCUGUAAAGAGUGAAAACAUUUUACGUGAUUGGGAUGAAAAUGAAGAAGGCAGGGAGCAAGAAAGGGUUCAUUUUGAAACUCUGGAUGAAGUUGUCACCACGGAGAAAAAGCAAAAGUACACCAAGGAUGGCAAAUCAAACAAGGGCACUAAAGUUGUUGCUGGAGAGAAAGACAAAGAGCAAGACAACACCAAGGGAGACAAAUCAAAGAAUGGCACAAAAGUUGCCACUGGAAAUGAAGAGAAAGAGCAAGACCACCCCAAGGCAGAUAAAUCAAACAAAGAUACCAAAGUUGCCACCAGAGAGAAAGACAAAGAGCAUGUGAAAACCAAAGAAGACACAUCAAACAAGGGCACUAAAGUUGCCAUUGGAGAGAAAGAUCAAGACGACACCAAGGAAGACAAAUCGAGAAAGGGCACUAAAGGUGCCAUUGGAGAGAAAGACAAAGAGCAAGUGAAGACCAAGGAAGACAAAUCAAAGAAGGGCACUGAAGUUGCCACUGGAGAGAAAGAUAAAGAGCAAGUGAAAACCAAGGAGGACAAAUCAAACAAAGGCACGAAAGUGGCCACCGCAGAGAAAGACAAAGAGCAAGGAAACACCAAUGAGUAUAAAUCAAACAAGGACACUAAAGUUGUCACUGGAGAGAAAGACAAAAAGCAAGAUGACACCAAGGAAGACAAAUCAAACGAGGGCACUAAAGUUGCCAGCGGACAUAAAGAAAAAGAGCAAGAGAACACCAAAGAGGACAAAUCAAACAAAGGCACUAAAGUUGUAACCGGAGAAAGAGACAAAGAGCAAGAUGACAUCAAGGAAGACAAAUCAAACAAGCACACUAAACUUGUCACUGGAGAGAAAGAAAAAGAUCAAGACGACACCAAGGAAGACAAAUCAAAGGAAGGCACUAAAGUUGUCACUGGAGACAAAGACAAAGAGCAAGUGAAUACCAAGGAGGGGAAAUCAAACAAGGACACUAAACUUGUCACUGGAGAGAAUGAAAAAGAUCAAGAUGACACCAAGGAAGACAAAUCAAAGGACACUGAAAUUGUCACGAGAGGGAAAGACAAAGAGCAAGACCACACCAAGGAAGACAAAUCAAGCAAAGGCACUAAAGUGGCCACCUUCGAGAAAGACAAAGAGGAAGCAAACACCGAGGAGGGUAAAUCCAACAAGGACACUAAAGUUGUCACUCCAGAGAAAGACAAAAAGAAUGAGAAGACCAAGGAGGAAAAAUCAAACAAGGACACUAAAGUUGUUACUGAAGAAAAAGACAAAGAGCAAGAUGACACCAAGGAAGACAAAUCAAAGAAGGGCCCUAAAGUUGAAACCGAAGCGAAAUUUAAAGAGCAAGACAACACCAAGGAAGAUAAUUACAACAAGGACACUAAACUUGUCACUGGAGAGAAAGAAAAAGAUCAAGACGACAUUAAGGAAGACAAAUCAAACAAAGGCAGUGAAGUUGUCAAAGGAGAAAAAGACAAAGAGCAAGUGAAAACGAAGGAGGGGAAAUCCAACAAGGACACUGAAGUUGCUACUCCAGAGAAAGAAAAAAAGAAUGAGAAGACCAAGGAGGACAAAUCAAACAAGGACAUUAAAGUUUCCAAUGAAGAGAAAGACAAAAAGCAAGAUGACACCAAGGAAGACAAAUCAAACAAUGGUAGUAAAUUUGUCACUGGGGAGAAACAAAAAGAUCAAGACGACACCAAGGAAGACAAAUCAAACAAAGGCACUAAAGUUGUCACCGGAGAAAGAGACAAAGAGCAAGUGAAAACCAAGGAGGACAAAUCAGAGAAGGGCACCGAAGUUGCCACCAGCGAGAAAGACAAAGAGCAAGGGAAGACCAAAGACGACAAAACAAAUAAGGGCGCUAAAGUUGCCACGGGAGGGAAAGACAAAGAUCAAGACGAUACAACUGAAGACAAAUUAAAGAAGAACACUAAAGUUGCCACCGGAGAAAAAGACAAAAAGCAAGAUGACACCGAGAAAGACAAAUCAAACAGCGACAAUAAAGUUGCCACUGAAGCGGAAUUUGAAGAGCAAGACAACACCAAGGAAGACAAAUCAAAUAAAGGCAGUAAAAUUGUCACUGAACAAAGAGACAAAGAGCAAGUGAAAACGAAAGAGGACAAAUCCAAAAAGGACACGAAAGUUUCCACUGACACCAAGGAAGACAAAUCAAACAAUGGUAGUAAACUUGUCACUGGAGAGAAACAAAACGAUCAAGACGAUUCCAAGGAAGAAAAAGCAAAGGAGGGCACUAAAGUUGCCACCAGUGAGAAAGACAAAGAGCAAGAGAACACCAAUGAGGACAAAUCAAACAAAGGCACUAAAGUUGUCACUGGAGAAAGAGGCAAAGAGCAAGUGAAAACCAAGGACGACAAAUCAAACAAGGGCACUGAAGUUGCCACCAGCGAGACAGACAAAGAGCAAGGGAAGACCAAAGAGGACAAAACAAAGAAGGGCACUAAAGUUUCCACCGGAGAAAAAGACAAAAAGCAAGAUGACACUGAGAAAGACAAAUCAAACAGGGACACUAAAGUUGCCACCAAAGCGAAAUUUGAAGAGCAAGCUAACACCAAGGACGAUAAUUCUAACAAGGACACUAUACUUAUCACUGUAGAGAAAGUAAAAGAUCAAGACGACACCCAGGAAGACAAAUCAAACAAAGGCAGUAAAGUUGUCACUGGAGAAAGAGAGAAAGAGCAAGUGAAAACCAAGGAGGAUAAAUCAAACAAGGGCACUGAAGUUGCCACCAGCGAGAAAGACAAAGAGCAAGGGAAGACCAAAGAGGACAAAACAAAUAAGGGCACUGAAGUUGCCACGGGAGGGAAAGACAAAGAGCAAGAUGACACAACUGAAGACAAAUCAAAGAAGGGCACUAAAAUUGCCCCAGGUGAGAAAGACAAAAAGCAAGAUGACACCGAGAAAGACAAAUCAAACAAGGACACUAAAGUUGCCACCGAAGCAAAAUUUGAAGAGCAAGCCAACAUCAAGGAAGAUAAUUCUAACAAGGACACUAAACUUGUCACUGGAGAUAUAGAAAAAGGUCAAGAGGACACCAAGGAAGAAAAAUCGAACAUAGGCACUAAAGUUGUCACUGGAGAAAGAGAGAAAGAGCAAGUGAAAACCAAGGAGGACAAAUCAAAGAAGGGCACUGAAGUUGCCACCGGCGAGAAAGACAAAGAGCAAGGGAAGACAAAAGAGGACAAAACAAACAAGGACCCUAAAGUUGCCAUCGACGCGAAAUUUAAAGAGCAAGACAACACCAAGGAAGAGAAUUCAAACAAGGACACUAAACUAGUCACUGAAGAGAAAGAAAAAGGUCAAGACGACACCAAGGAGGACAAAUCAAACAAGGGCACUGAAGUUGCAACGGGAGGGAAAGACAAAGAGCAAUAUGACACAACUGAAGACAAAUCAAAGAAGGGCACUAAAAUUGCCCCAGGAGAGAAAGACAAAAAGCAAGAUGACACCGAGAAAGACAAAUCAAACAAGGACACUAAAGUUGCCACCGAAGCAAAAUUUGAAGAGCAAGCCAACAUCAAGGAAGAGAAUUCUAACAAGGACACUAAACUUGUCACUGGAGAUAUAGAAAAAGAUCAAGAGGACACCAAGGAAGACAAAUCAAACAUAGGCACUAAAGUUGUCACUGAAGAGAGAGAGAAAGAGCAAGUGAAAACCAAGGAGGACAAAUCAAAGAAGGGCACUGAAGUUGCCACCGGCGAGAAAGACAAAGAGCAAGGGAAGACCAAAGAGGACAAAACAAAUAAGGGCGCUAAAGUUGCCACGGGGGGGAAAGACAAAGAGCAAGACGAUACAACUGAAGACAAAUUAAAGAAGGGCACUAAAGUUGCCACCGGAGAAAAAGACAAAAAGCAAGAUGACACCGAGAAAGACAAAUCAAACAGGGACAAUAAAGUUGCCACCGAAGCGAAAUUUGAAGAGCAAGCCAACACCAAGGACGAGAAUUCUAACAAGGACACUAUACUUGUCACUGUAGAGAAAGAAAAAGAUCAAGACGACACCAAGGAAGACAAAUCAAACAAAGGCACUAAAGUUGUCACUGGAGAAAGAGACAAAGAGCAAGUGAAAACCAAGGAGGACAAAUCAAAGAAGGGCACUGAAGUUGCCACCGGUGAGAAAGACAAAGAUCAAGGGAAGACCAAAGAGGAUAAAACAAAUAAGGGCACUGAAAUUGCCACGGGAGGGAAAGACAAAGAGCAAGACGACACAACUGAAAACAAAUCAAAGACUGGCACUAAAGGUGUCACUGCAGAAAAAGAGAAUGAGCAAGAUGACACCAAGGAAGACAAAUCAAAGAAGGGCACUAAAGUUGUCACUGGAGAGAAAGACAAAGAGCAAGUAAAGACCAAGGAGGACAAAACAAAUAAGGGCACUAAAGUGGACAAUGCAGAUAAAGACAAAGAGCAAGAUGACACCAAGGAAGAUUAUUCAAACAAGAACACUAAACUUUUCACUGGAGACAAAGAAAAAGAUCAAGACGACACCAAGGAAGAUAGAUCAAACAAAGGCACUAAAGUAGUCACUGGAGAAAGAGAGAAAGAGCAAGUGAAAACCAAGGAGAACAAAUCAAACAAGGGCACCGAAGUUGCCACCAGCGAUAAAGACAAAGAGCAAGGGAAGACCAAAGAGGACAAAACAAAUAAGGGCGCUAAAGUUGCCACGGGAGGGAAACACAAAGAGCAAGACGACACAACUGAAGACAAAUUAAAGAAGGGAACUAAAGUGGCCACCGGAGAAAAAGAGAAAGAGCAAGAUGACACCGAGAAAGACAAAUCAAACAGGGACACUGAAGUUGCCACCGAAGCGAAAUUUGAAGAGCAAGCCAACACCAAGGACGAGAAUUCUAACAAGGACACUAUACGUUUCACUGUAGAGAAAGAAAAAGAUCAAGACGACACAAAGGAAGACAAAUCAAACAAAGGCACUAAAGUUGUCACUGGAGAAAGAGACAAAGAGCAAGUGAAAACCGAGGAGGACAAAUCAAAGAAGGGCACUGUUGUUGCCACCGGUGAGAAAGACAAAGAUCAAGGGAAGACCAAAGAGGACAAAACAAAUAAGGGCACUGAAAUUGCCACGGGAGGGAAAGACAAAGAGCAAGACGACACAACUGAACCCAAAUCAAAGACUGGCACUAAAGGUGUCACUGCAGAAAAAGAGAAUGAGCAAGAUGACACCAAGGAAGACAAAUCAAAGAAGGGCACUAAAGUUGUCACUGGAGAGAAAGACAAAGAGCAAGUAAAGACCAAGGAGGACAAAACAAACAAGGGCACUAAAGUUUCCACCGAAGCGACAUUUAAAGAGCAAGACAACACCAAGGAAGAUAAUUCAAACAAGAACACUAACAUUUUCACUGGAGAGAAAGAAAAAGAUCAAGACGACACCCAGGAAGGUAAAUCUAACAAAGGCACUAAAGUUGUCACUGGAGAAAGAGAGAAAGAGCAAGCAAAAACCGAGGAGGAUAAAUCAAAGAAGGGCACCGAAGUUGCCACCAGCGAGAAAGACAAAGAGAAAGGGAAGACCAAAGAGGACAAAACAAAUAACGGCGCUAAAGUUGCCACGGGAGGGAAAGACAAAGAGCAAGACGACACAACUGAAAACAAAUCAAAGACUGGCACUAAAGGUGUCACUGGAGAAAAAGAGAAUGAGCAAGAUGACACCAAGGAAGACAAAUCAAAGAAGGGCACGAAAGUUGUCACUGGAGAGAAAGACAAAAAGCAAGAUGACACCGAGAAAGACAAAUCAAACAGGGACACUAAAGUUGCCACCGAAGCGAAAUUUGAAGAGCAAGCCAACACCAAGGACGAGAAUUCUAACAAGGACACUAUACUUGUCACUGUAGAGAAAGAAAAAGAUCAAGACGAUACCAAGGAAGACAAAUCAAACAAAGGCACUAAAGUUGUCACUGGAGAAAGAGACAAAGAGCAAGUGAAAACCAAGGAGGACAAAUCAAAGAAGGGCACCGAAGUUGCCACCAGCGAGAAAGACAAAGAGCAAGGGAAGACCAAAGAGGAUAAAACAAAAAAGGGCACUGAAAUUGCCACGGGAGGGAAAGACAAAGAGCAAGACGACACAACUGAAACCAAAUCAAAGACUGGCACUAAAGGUGUCACUGGAGAAAAAGAGAAUGAGCAAGAUGACACCAAGGAAGACAAAUCAAAGAAGGGCACUAAAGUUGUCACUGGAGAGAAAGACAAAGAGCAAGUAAAGACCAAGGAGGACAAAACAAAUAAGGGCACUAAAGUGGACAAUGCAGAUAAAGACAAAGAGCAAGACGACACCAAGGAAGAUAAUUCAAACAAGAAAACUAAACUUUUCACUGGAGAGAAAGAAAAAGAUCAAGACGACACCAAGGAAGACAAAUCAAACAAAGGCACUAAAGUUGUCACUGGAGAAAGAGACAAAGAGCAAGUGAAAACCAAGGAGGACAAAUCAAACAAGGGCACUGAAGUUGCCACCAGCGAGAAAUUAAAAAAGCAAGAUGACACCGAGAAAGACAAAACAAACAAGGACACUAAAGUUUCCACUGAAGCGAAAUUUAAAGAGCAAGACAACACCAAGGAAGAUAAUUCUAAGAAGGACACUAUACUUGUCACUGUAGAGAAAGAAAAAGAUCAAGACGACACAAAGGAAGACAAAUCAAACAAAGGCACUAAAGUUGUCACUGGAGAAAGAGACAAAGAGCAAGUGAAAACCGAGGAGGACAAAUCAAAGAAGGGCACUGUUGUUGCCACCGGUGAGAAGGACAAAGAUCAGGGGAAGACCAAAGAGGACAAAACAAAUAAGGGCACUGAAAUUGCCACGGGAGGGAAAGACAAAGAGCAAGACGACACAACUGAAACCAAAUCAAAGACUGGCACUAAAGGUGUCACUGCAGAAAAAGAGAAUGAGCAAGAUGACACCAAGGAAGACAAAUCAAAGAAGGGCACUAAAGUUGUCACUGGAGAGAAAGACAAAGAGCAAGUAAAGACCAAGGAGGACAAAACAAACAAGGGCACUAAAGUUUCCACCGAAGCGACAUUUAAAGAGCAAGACAACACCAAGGAAGAUAAUUUAAACAAGAACACUAAAUUUUUCACUGGAGAGAAAGAAAAAGAUCAAGACGACACCCAGGAAGAUAAAUCUAACAAAGGCACUAAAGUUGUCACUGGAGAAAGAGACAAAGAGCAAGCAAAAACCGAGGAGGACAAAUCAAAGAAGGGCACCGAAGUUGCCACCAGCGAGAAAGACAAAGAGAAAGGGAAGACCAAAGAGGACAAAACAAAUAAGGGCGCUAAAGUUGCCACGGGAGGGAAAGACAAAGAGCAAGACGACACAACUGAAAACAAAUCAAAGACUGGCACUAAAGGUGUCACUGGAGAAAAAGAGAAUGAGCAAGAUGACACCAAGGAAGACAAAUCAAAGAAGGGCACGAAAGUUGUCACUGGAGAGAAAGACAAAGACCAAGUAAAGACCAAGGAGGACAAAACAAAUAAGGGCACUAAAGUGGACAAUGCAGAUAAAGACAAAGAGCAAGACGACACCAAGGAAGAUAAUUCAAACAAGAACACUAAACUUUUCACUGCAGAGAAAGAAAAAGAUCAAGACGACACCAAGGAAGAUAAAUCUAACAAAGGCACUAAAGUAGUCACUGGAGAAAGAGAGAAAGAGCAAGUGAAAACCAAGGAGGACGAAUCAAAGAAGGGCACCGAAGUUGCCACCAGCGAGAAAGACAAAGAGCAAGGGAAGACCAAAGAGGACAAAACAAAUAAGGGCGCUAAAGUUGCCACGGCGGGGAAAGACAAAGAGCAAGACGAUACAACUGAAGACAAAUUAAAGAAGGGCACUAAAGUUGCCACCGGAGAAAAAGACAAAAAGCAAGAUGACACCGAGAAAGACAAAUCAAACAGGGACACUAAAGUUGCCACCGAUGCGAAAUUUGAAGAGCAAGACAACACCAAGGAAGAUAAUUCAAACAAGGACACUAAACUUGUCACUGUAGAGAAAGAAAAAGAUCAAGACGACACCAAGGAAGACAAAUCAAACAAAGGCACUAAAUUAGUCACUGGAGAAAGAGAGAAAGAGCAAGUGAAAACCGAGGAGGACAAAUCAAUGAAGGGCACUGUUGUUGCCACCGGUGAGAAAGACAAAGAUCAAGGGAAGACCAAAGAGGACAAAACAAAUAAAGGCACUGAAAUUGCCACGGGAGGGAAAGACAAAGAGCAAGACGACACAACUGAAAACAAAUCAAAGACUGGCACUAAACAUGUCACUGGAGAAAAAGAGAAUGAGCAAGAUGACACCAAGGAAGACAAAUCAAAGAAGGGCACUAAAGUUGUCACUGGAGAGAAAGACAAAGAGCAAGUAAAGACCAAGGAGGACAAAACAAAUAAGGGCACUAAAGUGGACAAUGCAGAUAAAGACAAAGAGCAAGACGACACCAAGGAAGAUAAUUCAAACAAGAACACUAAACUUUUCACUGGAGAGAAAGAAAAAGAUCAAGACGACACCAAGGAAGAUAAAUCUAACAAAGGCACUAAAGUUGUCAAUGGAGAAAGAGACAAAGAGCAAGUGAAAACCAAGGAGGACAAAUCAAACAAGGGCACUGAAGGUGCCACCAGAGAGAAAGUAAAAAAGCAAGAUGACACCGAGAAAGACAAAACAAACAAGGACACUAAAGUUUCCACUGAAGCGAAAUUUAAAGAGCAAGACAACACCAAGGAAGAUAAUUCUAAGAAGGACACUAAAGUUGUCACUGGAGAGAAAGAAAAAGAUCAAGACGACACCAAGGAAGAUAGAUCAAACAAAGGCACUAAAGUAGUCAAUGGAGAAAGAGAGAAAGAGCAAGUGAAAACCAAAGAGGACAAAUCAAAGAAGGGCACUGAAGUUGCCACCAGCGAGAAAGACAAAGAGCAAGGGAAGACCAAAGAGGACAAAACAAAUAAGGGCACUAAAGUUACCACGGUAGGGAAAGACAAAGAGCAAGACGACACAGCAGACGACAAAUCAAAGACUGGCACUAAAGAUGUCACUGGAGAAAAAGAGAAUGAGCAAGAUGACACCAAGGAAGACAAAUCAAAGAAGGGAACUAAAGUUGUCACUGGAGAGAAAGACAAAGAGCAAGUAAAGACCAAGGAGGACAAAACAAAUAAGGGCACUAAAGUGGACAAUGCAGAUAAAGACAAAGAGCAAGACGACACCAAGGAAGAUAAUUCAAACAAGAACACUAAACUUUUCACUGGAGAGAAAGAAAAAGAUCAAGACGACACCAAGGAAGAUAGAUCAAACAAAGGCACUAAAGUAGUCACUGGAGAAAGAGAGAAAGAGCAAGUGAAAACAAAGGAGGACAAAUCAAACAAGGGCACUGUUGUUGCCACCGGUGAGAAAGACAAAGAUCAAGGGAAGACCAAAGAGGACAAAACAAAUAAGGGCACUGAAAUUGCCACGGGAGGGAAAGACAAAGAGCAAGACGACACAACUGAAGACAAAUCAAAGACUGGCACUAAAGGUGUCACUGGGGAAAAAGAGAAUGAGCAAGAUGACACCAAGGAAGACAAAUCAAAGAAGGGCACUAAAGUUGUCACUGGAGAGAAAGACAAAGAGCAAGUAAAGACCAAGGAGGACAAAACAAAUAAGGGCACUAAAGUGGACAAUGCAGAUAAAGACAAAGAGCAAGACGACACCAAGGAAGAUAAUUCAAACAAGAACACUAAACUUUUCACUGGAGAGAAAGAAAAAGAUCAAGACGACACCAAGGAAGAUAAAUCUAACAAAGGCACUAAAGUUGUCAAUGGAGAAAGAGACAAAGAGCAAGUGAAAACCAAGGAGGACAAAUCAAACAAGGGCACUGCAGGUGCCACCAGCGAGAAAGUAAAAAAGCAAGAUGACACCGAGAAAGACAAAACAAACAAGGACACUAAAGUUUCCACUGAAGCGAAAUUUAAAGAGCAAGACAACACCAAGGAAGAUAAUUCUAAGAAGGACACUAAAGUUGUCACUGGAGAGAAAGAAAAAGAUCAAGACGACACCAAGGAAGACAAAUCAAACAAAGGCACUAAAGUAGUCAAUGGAGAAAGAGAGAAAGAGCAAGUGAAAACCAAAGAGGACAAAUCAAAGAAGGGCACUGAAGUUGCCACCAGCGAGAAAGACAAAGAGCAAGGGAAGACCAAAGAGGACAAAACAAAUAAGGGCACUAAAGUUACCACGGUAGGGAAAGACAAAGAGCAAGACGACACAGCAGACGACAAAUCAAAGACUGGCACUAAAGGUGUCACUGGAGAAAAAGAGAAUGAGCAAGAUGACACCAAGGAAGACAAAUCAAAGAAGGUCACUAAAGUUGUCACUGGAGAGAAAGACAAAGAGCAAGUAAAGACCAAGGAGGACAAAACAAAUAAGGGCACUAAAGUGGACAAUGCAGAUAAAGACAAAGAGCAAGACGACACCAAGGAAGAUAAUUCAAACAAGAACACUAAACUUUUCACUGGAGAGAAAGAAAAAGAUCAAGACGACACCAAGGAAGAUAGAUCAAACAAAGGCACAAAAGUAGUCGCUGGAGAAAGAGACAAAGAGCAAGUGAAAACAAAGGAGGACAAAUCAAAGAAGGGCACCGAAGUUGCCACCAGCGAGAAAGACAAAGAGCAAGGGAAAACCAAAGAGGACAAAACAAAUAAGGACGCUAAAGUUGCCACGGGAGGGAAAGACAAAGAGCAAGACGACACAACUGAAGACAAAUUAAAGAAGGGCACUAAAGUUGCCACCAGAGAAAAAGACAAAAAGCAAGAUGACACCGAGAAAGACAAAUCAAACAGGGACACUAAAGUUGCCACCGAUGCGAAAUUUGAAGAGCAAGACAACACCAAGGAAGAUAAUUCAAACAAGGACACUAAACUUGUCACUGUAGAGAAAGAAAAAGAUCAAGACGACACCAAGGAAGACAAAUCAAACAAAGGCACUAAAGUAGUCACUGGAGAAAGAGAGAAAGAGCAAGUGAAAACCGAGGAGGACAAAUCAAUGAAGGGCACUGUUGUUGCCACCGGUGAGAAAGACAAAGAUCAAGGGAAGACCAAAGAGGACAAAACAAAUAAAGGCACUGAAAUUGCCACGGGAGGGAAAGACAAAGAGCAAGACGACACAACUGAAAACAAAUCAAAGACUGGCACUAAACAUGUCACUGGAGAAAAAGAGAAUGAGCAAGAUGACACCAAGGAAGACAAAUCAAAGAAGGGCACUAAAGUUGUCACUGGAGAGAAAGACAAAGAGCAAGUAAAGACCAAGGAGGACAAAACAAAUACGGGCACUAAAGUGGACAAUGCAGAUAAAGACAAAGAGCAAGACCACACCAAGGAAGAUAAUUCAAACAAGAACACUAAACUUUUCACUGGAGAGAAAGAAAAAGAUCAAGACGACACCAAGGAAGAUAAAUCUAACAAAGGCACUAAAGUUGUCAAUGGAGAAAGAGACAAAGAGCAAGUGAAAACCAAGGAGGACAAAUCAAACAAGGGCACUGAAGGUGCCACCAGCGAGAAAGUAAAAAAGCAAGAUGACACCGAGAAAGACAAAACAAACAAGGACACUAAAGUUUCCACUGAAGCGAAAUUUAAAGAGCAAGACAACACCAAGGAAGAUAAUUCUAAGAAGGACACUAAAGUUGUCACUGGAGAGAAAGAAAAAGAUCAAGACGAUACCAAGGAAGAUAGAUCAAACAAAGACACUAAAGUAGUCACUGGAGAAAGAGAGAAAGAGCAAGUGAAAACCAAGGAGGACAAAUCAAAGAAGGACACUGAAGUUGCCACCAGCGAUAAAGACAAAGAGCAAGGGAAGACCAAAGAGGACAAAACAAAUAAGGGCACUAAAGUUACCACGGUAGGGAAAGACAAAGAGCAAGACGACACAGCAGACGACAAAUCAAAGACUGGCACUAAAGUUGUCACUGGAGAUAAAAACAAAGAGCAAGUGAAGACCAAGGACGACAAAACAAAUAAGGGCACUAAAGUGGACAACGCAGAGAAAGAAAAAGAUCAAGACGACACCAAGGAAGGCAAAUCAAACAAAGGCAGUAAAGUUGUCACUGGAGAGAGAGACAAAGAGCAAGUGAAAACGAAGGAGGACAAAUCCAACAAGGACACUAAAGUUGCCACUCCAGAGAAAGACAAAAAGAAUGAGAAGACCAAAGACAACAACAAGAAUGAGAAGACCAAAGACAACAAAGAGAUAAAUGGGCAUGAAAAUGUGGGUUCUAUAAAGAGUGAAAACAUUUUACAUGAUUGGGAUGAAAAUGAAGAAGGCAGUGAGCAAGAAAGGGUUCAUUUUGAAACUCUGGAUGAAGUUGUCACCACGGAAAAAAAGCAAAAAUACACCAAGGAUGGCAAAUCAAACAAGGGUACUAAAGUUGUUACUGGAGAAAAAGACAAAGAGCAAGACAGCACCAAGGGAGACAAAUCAAAGAAGGACACUAAAGUUGCCACUGGAAAGGAAGAGAAAGAGCAAGAACACACCAAGGCAGAUAAAUCAAACAAGGACACUAAAGUUGCCACCAGAGAGAAAGACAAAGAGCAUGUGAAAACCAAAGAAGACAAAUCAAACAAGGGCCCUAAAGUUGCCAUUGGAGCGAAAGAUCAGGACGACACCAAGGAAGACAAAUCGAGGAAGGGCUCUAAAGUUUUAAUUGGAGAGAAAGAUAAAGAGCAAGUGAAAACCAAGGAGGACAAAUCAAACAAAGGCACGAAAGUGGCCACCGCAGAGAAAGACAAAGAGCAAGGAAACACCAAUGAGUAUAAAUCAAACAAGGACACUAAAGUUGUCACUGGAGAGAAAGACAAAAAGCAAGAUGACAUCAAGGAAGACAAAUCAAACGAGGGCACUAAAGUUGCCAGCGGACAGAAAGAAAAAGAGCAAGAGAACACCAAAGAGGACAAAUCAAACAAAGGCACUAAAGUUGUAACCGGAGAAAGAGACAAAGAGCAAGAUGACACCAAGGAAGACAAAUCAAACAAGAACACUAAACUUGUCACUGGAAAGAAACAAAAAGAUCAAGACGAUUCCAAGGAAGACAAAUCAAAGGAGGGCACUAAAGUUGCCACCGGUGAGAAAGACAAAGAGCAAGAGAACACCAAAGAGGACAAAUCAAACAAAGGCACUAAAGUUGUGACUGGAGAAAGCGACAAAGAGCAAGUGAAAUCCAAGGAGGACAAAUCAAAGAAGGGCACUGAAGUUGCCACGGGAGGGAAAGACAAAGAGCAAGAUGACACAACUGAAGACAAAUCAAAGAAGGGCACUAAAAUUUCCACCGGAGCAAAAAACAAAAAGCAAGAUGACACCGAGAAAGACAAAUCAAACAAAGACACUAAACUUGUCACUGGAGAGAAAGAAAAAGAUCAUGAUGACACCAAGGAAGACAACUCAAACAAUGGUAGUAAAUUUGUCACUGGGGAGAAACAAAAAGAUCAAGACGAUUCCAAGGAAAACAAAUCAAACAAGGACACUAAAGUUGCCACCGGUGAGAAAGACAAAGAGCACGAUGACACCGAGAAAGACAAAUCAAACAAGAACACUAAAUUUGCCACCGAAGCGAAAUUUAAAGAGCAAGACAACACCAAGGAAGAUCAUUCAAACAAGGACACUAAACUUGCCACUGGAGAGAAUGAAAAAGAUCAAGAUGACACCAAGGAAGACAAAUCAACGAAAGGCACUAAAGUUGUCACUGGAGAGAAAGGCAACGAGCAAGUGAACACCAAGGAGGACAAAACCAAUAAGCGCACUAAAGUGGACAAUGCAGAGAAAGACAAAGAGCAAGACGACACCAAGGAAGACAAAUUCAAGAAGGGCACUAAAGUUGUGACUGGAGAGAAAGAAAAAGAUCAAGACGACACCAAGGAAGACAAAUCAAAGAAGGGCGCUAACGUUGCCACCGGAGAAACAGACAAAGAGCAAGACAACACGAAGGAAAAGAAAUCAAACAAGGGGACUAAACUUGUCACUGGAGAGAAAGAAAAAGAUCAAGAUGACAGCAAGGAAGACAAAUCAUACAAAGGCAGUAAAGUUGUCACUGGAGAAAGAGACAAAGAGCAAGUGAAAACGAAGGAGGGCAAAUCCAACAAGGACACUAAAGUUGCCACUCCAGAGAAAGACAAAAAGCAAGAUGACACCAAGAAAGACAAAUCCAACAAGGGUAGUAACUUUGUAACUGGACAGAAGCAAAAAGAUCAAGACGAUUCCAAGGAAGACCAAUCAAACAAGGACACUAAAGUUGUCACCGGAGAAAGAGACAACGAGCAAGGGAAGACCAAAGAGGACAAAACAAAUCAGGGCGCUAAAGUUGCCACGGGAGGGAAAGACAAAGAGCAAGACGACACAACUGAAAACAAAUCAAAGACUGGCACUAAAGGUGUCACUGGAGAAAAAGAGAAUGAGCAAGAUGACACCAAGGAAGACAAAUCAAAGAAGGGCACUACAAUUUCCACCGGAGAAAAAGACAAAAAGCAACAUGACACCGAGAAAGAUAAAUCAAACAAAGACACUAAACUUGUCACUGGAGAGAAAGAAAAAGAUCAUGACGACACCAAGGAAGACAAAUCAAACAAGAACACUAAAGUUGCCACCGAAGCGAAAUUUAAAGAGCAAGACAACACCAAGGAAAAUCAUUCAAACAAGGACACUAAACUUGUCACUGGAGAGAAAGUAAAAGAUCAAGAUGACACCAAGGAAGACAAAUCAACGAAAGGCACUAAAGUUGUCACUGGAGAGAAAGGCAACGAGCAAGUGAACACCAAGGAGGACAAAACAAAUAAGGGCAUUAAAGUGGACAAUGCAGAGAAAGACAAAGAGCAAGACGACACCAAGGAAGACAAAUCCAAGAAGGGCACUAAAGUUGCCACUGGAGAGAAAGAUGAAAAGAAAGAUGACACCGAGGAAGACAAAUCAAACAAGGACACUAAAGUUGGUACCGGAGACAUAGACAAAGAACAAGGGAAGACCAAGGAGGACAAAUCACACAAGGAUGCUAAAGUUACCACCGGAGAGAAAGAUAAAGAGCAAGAGAAGGCCAAGGAGGAUGAAACAAAGGAAGGCACUAAAAUUUCCAUAGGAGAGAAAGACAAAGAACAAGACGACACCAAAGAAGACAAAUCAAACAAGGGCACUAAAGUUGACACCACAGAGAAAGACAAAGAGCGCGAGAAGACCAAGGAGGACAUUUCAAACAAGGACACUAAAGUUGCCACCAGAGAGAAAGACAAAGAACAAGGGAAGACCAAGGAGGACAAAUCACACAAGGAUACUAAAGUUUCCACCGGAGAGAAAGAUAAAGAGCAAGAGAAGGCCAAGGAGGAUGAAACAAAGGAAGGCACUAAAAUUUCCAUAGGAGAGAAAGACAACGAGCAAGCGAAGACCAAGGAGGAAAAAUCAAACAAGAGCACUAAAGUUGCCACCGGAGAGAAAGACAAAGAACAAGACGACACCAAAGAAGACAAAUCAAACAAGGGCACUAAAGUUGACACCACAGAGAAAGACAAAGAGCGCGAGAAGACCAAGGAGGACAUUUCAAACAAGGACACUAAAGUUGCCACCGGAGAGAAAGACAAAGAACAAGGGAAGACCAAGGAGGACAAAUCACACAAGGAUACUAAAGUUUCCACCGGAGAGAAAGAUAAAGAGCAAGAGAAGGCCAAGGAGGAUGAAACAAAGGAAGGCACUAAAAUUUCCAUAGGAGAGAAAGACAACGAGCAAGCGAAGACCAAGGAGGAAAAAUCAAACAAGAGCACUAAAGUUGCCACCGGAGAGAAAGACAAAGAACAAGACGACACCAAAGAAGACAAAUCAAACAAGGGCACUAAAGUUGACACCACAGAGAAAGACAAUGAGCACGAGAAGACCAAGGAGGAAAAAUCAAACAAGAGCACUAAAGUUGCCACCGGAGAGAAAGACAAAGAACAAGACGACACCAAAGAAGACAAAUCAAACAAGGGCACUAAAGUUGACACCACAGAGAAAGACAAAGAGCGCGAGAAGACCAAGGAGGACAUUUCAAACAAGGGCACUAAAGUUGCCACCGGAGAGAAAGACAAAGGGCAAGAUAAGACCAAGGAGGAUAAAUCAAACAAGGACACUAAAGUUGCCAACCGAGAAAAAGACAAACAGCAAGACACCAAUAAUGAUGUCAAAUCAAGCAAUAGCAGUAACGUUGCUAACGGAGAGAAAGACAAAAAGCAAGAUAAGACCAAGGAGGAAAAAUCAAACAAGGACACUAAAGUGGUCACUGUAGACAAAGAACAAGCGGAGGGCAAAGGCACGAAGCAGAAUCGAGUUGAAACAUCUGCUCCUGGCAAAGGUGAUAGCAGCAGUCAAAAGAAAGAGUUGCUUUGUGUAGGGUAGUUGGAGUAAUAAUUAGUACAAAUCCUCCUCCCCACACCCCACCCUACCCGACUGUUGAUCCAUUAUCGUAAAACAGGGUCGAAAUUCGACCCCUGAAUCAAUUUUGUUUUCAUCUUUUCGGCAUAUAUAUUGGUUUCUAAUGGCUGCUGGGGUCUUUUGUUCCCAUUGCUUACUCCAUAUAAUCAUAAUAGAAGCUUAAGACCAUUUUUCACUCCACUGCUGAAUGAACACUUGGCCGCGUUGCUCACACCAGCUGUUUUACCACGACGCUAGUCAGUGCAGAUCGGUAAUUUCUCCACUUGGUAUGUAACUUCGGAGAGGAAAUGCGUAAGCAGUGGUCA